AUGUUCCUUGUUCUGCCACUGCCAGCAAGUGCCUGCAUCUGGCGCUUGAGGCUCGUUUGCUCUACAGUGUGGCGCACUGCAAGGAUGAAAGUCAACAAAGGCCGCUUAAACAUAAUGACAGCUCAGAUGAGCUACCCUCAAUCUGGCUCCGGCUCAGACAACGACGAAGACAAGCAGAGCGUUGCAAGUGACUCGAGCACGAUAGCUACUAAAGAUGACUUCAAAGUCAAUCUUCUCAAGGCUAUCAAAGACAUCAAGAUCGUGGGCAAGUUUGCAUUCGAUGAAAAAAUUGAAAUUCCCGAGGAUUUCAACAUCUCUGUUCAAGGUGUUGGUGAUAUCAAACUUCCACUCAAGAAGGCGCAAGCAAUGAAGAUCAUCACUCAGGCACGACAAGCGCCCUUUGGGAGAGGAAGUGACACUAUUGUUGACACUUCAGUCCGAAAAACUUGGGAACUUGAUCCUGAGCAGUUCACUAUUGGCGGAGACGAAUGGUCCGAUUACCUCCAGGAACUGUGUGAACUCGUCGCUCAAAAGAUGGGCAUCAACACGCCUAUCCACGCCGGGCUCUACAAGAUGCUUCUCUAUGAAAAGGGCGCCAUGUUCAAGGCACACACAGACACGGAGAAAAUCCCCAACAUGUUUGGAACCCUUGCCAUCAGUCUGCCAUCGAAACACAGAGGUGGAGAGGUCGUUCUGGAGCACUGCGGCGAGGAUAUUGUCUAUGAAUCUUACAAGAGCCAAGCUUCAUGUGCUGCUUGGUACUCGGAUGUUCACCACGAGGUCCUUCCCGUCAAGUCAGGUUAUCGCUGGGUUCUUACCUAUAACCUCGCCAUCGGCCAAUCCUCGCCUCGCACAUUUGAUACAUUCUCAGAAACCGAACUGCAGCCCCUCCGUGAAUGUGUUGGAGGAUGGCUCGCGCAGGAGCAAAAGGAUCGCAAAACUCCAUAUGCAUGCCAUGUCCUAGAUCACGAGUAUACUCAAGCCAACAUUUCCCAAAAGUCGCUAAAGGGAGCAGACAUGACCCGGUUCAUGGCUCUUCAACAAGCAUUGGAAGGAUGUCCGGUUACGAUGUUUCUUGCACUGCUUGAGAGAGAGGAGGUUGGGAUGAUAGACUUUGCAGAGCCAGAGAUGCAGGCUUUCUAUCCCUUGUCCUUGGCCUUGGCCAGGACCCUUGACAUCUAUCCAGACCCAUUCAAAGGUUAUCACCCUCCAUUAUAUUCAGUUGACGAGUCGGUUUGUCAACUCAAGACUCUUAGAGACUUGCAAGGUGACGCCGUUACAGAUGACCUAGUCAUCACGGAGAAUUACGUUCUUGAUCCAAGUGCCUUCAAGGGUGUGAAGUCUGAGAAAGCGUAUGAAUUCAGUGGCAACUCCGGUACAACAGCAACACAUUGGUAUCGUGGAAGCACCAUCGUUAUUGUCCCUCACGGCUCGGUUGCUGGCUUACUUAGCCAGCUUGACAGCCAUCGCGAUUCGUCUCCAGAGAUGCAGAUCAAGUACAUUGUGCACUUGUGCUCUCAGCCAGAUAUGCAAGACCACCUGAUCAACACAAUGUUAAGACAAUGGAUGAUCGAACCCGAUGAUGAUGACAAGACUUUAGACAAUUUCAACAAGCUCAAAAAAGGACUCUCGCUUGCUAUGGCUUCAAAGGAUGGGUUGGUACACAAGCGCAAGGUCGUAUCUCACUUUGUUCCCCUACCUAGUGACUUACCCACCGACGCUCUUCCAACGCCUGGGCCAAUUUUGGAGUGGACUCGUCAAACGCUGCAGAAUAUGUUUGACGGAGAUGGCCCUACUGAAGCGACUACAGAUGACGCUUCACCUGCGGCCGACUUUUCAUUGUACUCUGAGCACCCGGUUAUUUUCCUGAAAGAGCUGUGGCCUUUGGCCCCUGGCUUCCGUUUUAUGACCUUGGCCCGAGUGAUGGCUCUGAUUGACGAGGACAAACUUCCUCGACAAGAGGGCAUGGAUCUCUAUCGAACUAUGGCAGGCUCUUUGAUCGAAUCUCAGGACUUUGCUUCGCUACAGCAUCCAACAACAAUCCUUAAGCAGUCAAAGAAGAGGGAACUCCCGCCUUGGCUAACUCCCAAUAUGUGGGCUCAGCGUAGGCUGGGGAAUGCAGUCACGCACAAUGACAUGAGAGACUUCUUCUCGGGACUUUUGAAGGCCAGCACAAAGUCGAACAAUGUUUCAGGUCAAUUCAUGUCGAAGAUCACCAAGCAGCGUGACAGACUUUCAGAGGCUAGUUUCCAGUUGAUGUGGUUUCCCUUUCUGCGUUCCAUCAUUCCCCUUCUCGAAAAUGAGAGCAUUUCCUUGAGCACACCAACCUACAAGAAGUUUUUCUCAGCUGUCACUCGGGGUAUUCUUGACAAAUUUCUUGGCCCAGAGCCUCGUAAGCCUUGGACAUGGGCCCUCGCCGGCGUUCCCUGCGACUGCAGCGACUGCGAGCGUGUCAGCGCCUUUCUCCGCCACCACACAAAGAUGUCUGAAGAGUACCUGAUGAACAAGCCCCGUCGUAACCAUGUCCAGCAGGUAGUUGAGGAAGCAGGUGUCGGUUGCAGCAUUCGAACCCGCCGUGACACGAGCCCCUCUCCACUUGUGGUCACCAAGACCUCUCGACCUCAGGGGGUGAAGUUGGAAGCAUGGAAGAAGCGACGGAAUCAGGUCCUCGAGGAGUUUGAUCAGAUUCAACCACAUCAUCUCAAGAAACUUCUCGGUAAGGAGUGUAAGACAAUCGAGCAACUCCGCGCUUGUCAGAAGGAUCAGGAAAACCUGUCGCAGGGACCUCAGACAGGAGAGAAGCGUGGGGUUGAUGAGUGA